UUCGACGAAAACAUUAUCCACAUCAGUUCAUCCCACCAAGAGCUUAAACUACCAUUCUAAAAGAAAAACUAUCUGUAAGCAUAGGAGCCAAAGGAUAAGGGAAAUGGAUGGGAUACAGCAAGUAGCCUUACCCAUCCUUGGAAUUGUAGCAGCUGCUGCUGCUACCUUCUAUGCUGUAAGCUUUUCUGAGCUUAGAGAGAAAUCAUUUAAUGAUUUGGAGGACUCUGAGACUGAAAAUGGAGGAUUCAAGUAUGUGAGCUCAAGGGAGAGACGGGCAAGAAAAAAAGCAGAGAAACAAGUCAAAAGUUGAACACAGACAGCAGAGUUCUCGGCUGCUGCUGUAUGAGUAUUUUCUUCUUUUAUCACUUGGCGCGCGUUGUAACAGAUUCUACAGUUUAGUGUGUAAUAUGCUUUUUAUUCGUGUUAUAACCAUUAUGAUUUACCGUAAAAGUUUAUCGUUAUGCUUUAUUAAUUAGACUUUGGUUGUCGUAAAUUUUUUUUUAGAAGAUGAUUGCCGUAAUUUGCAAAGCACUCUCUUCUGACCCUAUUUCUAAAACCUCUAAAAGACCGAUAAACUUAUAUAUCUUUAUAAUUAUGGAAAGAGUAAUUCUACCAUACCCCAUUAAUGUUGUUUUGAUUUUGACCCUUAAUUUAAUUUAAGGGAAUACUUAUUAUUGGUAAAGCAAGUCAUGUAUAUAGACAAAGAAAUACAAAUCACUUUUCUUUCUACGCUUCUUUCUGUAUGCUUUUUUUCUCUCAAAUUGAGGAUAUUUCCAUAAUUAUAAAGAUAUAUAAGUUUAUCGGUCCAUACCCCAUUAACGUUGUUUUGAUUUUGACCCUUAAUUUAAUUUAAGGGAAUACUUAUUAUACUUAUUAUUGGUAAAGCAAGUCAUGUAUAUAAACAAAGAAAUACAAAUCACUUUUCUUUCUACAUUUCUUUCUGUAUGCUUUUUUUCUCUCAAAUUGAGGAUAUUUCCAAGGGUCAUUCUACCAUAUCCUCAAUUUUUUGUAGGUAUAUGGUACCCACCUUCUGAACUAUUAAAUUAGUGUUGUUUUGAUCUUGACCCUUAAUUUAAUUUAAGGGAAUAAUUGUUACUAGUAAAGCAGGCCAUGGAUAUAAACAAAGAAAAAAAAAAUCACUAUUCUUUGUACGCUUUAGAACUCUCUCUACGCUUCUAUCUGUAAGCUUCUUCUCUCUCAACUUCUUUCUCUUCCAAAACAACUACAAGACCAGAGCCAUCACUGCUAAACAAAACCCUAAGCAUGACCCACAAUAUAAGAAACAUAGUAUUUCAAUUCCAGCCGCUCUCUGCUCCCACGACGGUAUUAACCUAGACCGUUAA